AUACACUAUUUGUUUUUAUUUGUCACUAAUUCAAUCACAAUAUAAUUUUCAUUUUUCUAUCGAAAUUUCUGUGUGCGUAAUCAGUAGACGAAUCAAAUAACGUUGUACGUUGUUUAGCUUAAAAACCAAUUACAUUUUAGUCACAAAUCUACGUUUUGUGUAAAUAGUCAUUGUUUUGUGCGGAAAAAAAGCAGAACAAAUAUGGGAAAUUUAUUUGGCAAAACAAAGAAAACGGCACCCAGCCGAGUUACUGAACACGACAAAGCUGUUUUGCAAUUGAAACAACAGCGAGAUAAAUUAAAGCAGUAUCAGAAGCGAAUUGAAUUGACACUAGAAAAAGAUCGUGAAUUGGCAAAGAAAUGCUUGGCAACUGGACGCAAAGAUCGUGCUCGGGCGCUUUUGCGUAAGAAAAAGUAUCAAGAAAAGUUGCUGGAAACAACGGAUGGACAAUUGGAAAAUUUGGAAAAACUGACAUCCGAUCUCGAAUUCUCACAAAUUGAACAGAAAGUUUUGGAUGGAUUAAAGGUCGGAAAUGAGGCAUUGAAGAAAGUACACGAAAUUCUGACCAUUGAUGAAGUUGAACGAAUUUUGGACGAAACGAGAGAAGGUGUUGAUAAACAACGUGAAAUUGAUGCGGCUAUCAAUCAAUACGCUGACUCAGCACUGACCGAAGAGGAUGAAGAAGAAGUACUUGCUGAAUUGAAUAAACUGAUCGGUGCGGACGAAAAAGUGACGGAUUUAACAGAGGACAAAACAAUCGAUUUACCAGAAGUUCCAGCCGAUGCAUUGCCAAGUGCCGAAGAGACCACCGAAGACAAACCAUCCAAAGCGAAAAAAGUCAAAAGCGAACCAGUCGCACUAGAGGCUUAAAUUACAAAUAAAAGAAUAUUUAAAUUGACAAGGACCUUGAUGAGUCCAUUGUUGCAAAUACAACGAUCACCAUUCACGUGAUUCUAAAAAUCGAUCUUUCUCAUUUUCUAUACACACUCAAUUCAAUGUGAAUAAUGUACCAAGAGGUUAUUUGAUAAGACAUAAAAAGAACGUGAAAAAUGGCGUAUGAAUGGCGACCAAAAAAUAAGUGAAGUUUCUAUAAAAUAAUUCAUUUUCACACAAUAAUUAAAUAACACAAAAAACACGCAUUGCUUUCUAUUUUUAUAACAAGAAAAUGUUUAAUACCAAAAUAAAGGAAGGAAGUGAAGAUUUUUAUCUCUUAAAGCUAUAAAAAUACAAAUUUAUAAAAAAACAACAUGUUUCAUUCGCCAAUGAUAGAUAGAGCUAUUU